GUUUUUCAGAUGCAUCACUGUGCCUCGACUGCACGGCACCGCGCCAUGGGCGCGCCGCCCGGAGGAUGCUGACGCAACCCGCCCUGGGGGGCGCGGCCGGGGGCUACAGCCUCUUCAGCGGCGCCGCGGCGCCGCCGCCCCCCCAGCCCCAUGCGCUCCCAGGUUCGCUGGCGAAUAUGCCGGGCGCGGCGGCGCCGCCGCCUAUACCAAACCGCAGCCCCCAUCCUGUAGCUUCGCCGAACCUACAAGAUGCGCCGCGAAGCGGCACGUCAAGCCUCGACACCACGCCCAAGCUCGGGGACCGCGCCACCCUCUUCGCGAGCCCGUCCAAUGAACCAUCAACCAUGUUCGACGGCGACACGAAGCUCAUGCCCUACGUCGACUGGGUCGCGGCCCGCAUCCGAGCGCUGGGUGGCGUCGCGACGUCGGCCUCGCUCGGUAGCACGCUCGCCGUCGAAAGCGCGGAAAAUUACAAUAUGAUCAAGGUCCACUUCGGUGGUUUAUGUGGUCUGUUGUCGCGGUACCCCGAGCGGUUUCGGUUGCUGCACGACAAGCCCCUGAACCACGUCGCGGUGGUCGGUCCUGCGGCGGUCUCGUCGUCAGAUGACGAUGUUCCGCAAGUAGAACCGCGGUGGCUGCGGCAGCAACGGAGAGCGGCUCCUGUGGAAAGAGCGACGCGGGAAGACGAAGCUGCCGUGGUGCGCGAAGUGGUCAACAUUUUGGCAUCGGCGUCGGAGAACGCUUUAACCGCCGUGGACCUGUCGAACGCCCUACGAGCUCGAUUAGGCGUCGGUGCGCUUAGUCGUGUUAGAGCGUCGCACGGCGGUUUGUUGACCUUCCUCGAGAAAUCAGCUGGUAGGGUCCGAGUGGUACGUGUCCCGAAGCAUGACGUCGUAACACUGGCGCCCGUCGAGUCAACACCGGUCAUGCCCGGGGCUUUGCGAGCGGAGGCGGCGGUCUUCUCUCCGCAAUUCGUGGAACCUGCGGUGCCUGUGGUGGACGACGGAAAACCGGCCCCGAAGCAGUGCAUCGGGCCCGCGCGCCAGAAGCCCAUGGGCGCCUCGUCGUUGUUUCCAGCGCCGCCACUCUUCCCGCAGCAGCUUUCACAAGGUUGUCAGCGGCAAUUGGCGCGCUUAGCGGCGGAGGACUACGCGCCGACGAUGCCGUGGCCUAGGGAUGCGGUCCAUGAUCAAGGCAUCGUGCGGACGGUCUUGGAGUGUCUGCGGGCGCAGUCGCCGCGACCGUCGACGCUCCACAAGAUCCGGGCGUACUUGAGACGCGUCUACGCCCUGCAAAGUUCGGUCAAGUCCGUUCCCCUCAGAGCGUUACUGACGGCGUACCCGCAGCUUUUCGUGAUCGACGGGACGUCCGUCGCCGAGCGCUCUCACGUCAAAGUGCCGUCUUUUUGACGGUCUUGUUCAUUAUCCCCCUGUAUGUGUGCCUCCCUUACCGACGCACACACACCGUCCAUAGUAUCUGAAGUAAGUUUGUACAUAACCUG